AUGAGUAAUGUAUACACACUCGAGUUAAAUUUGCAGAAAAAAUGUGGAGAAAAUAAUGGACCAUGCAACUGCACUAGGGAUGGUGACUUUGUCGCAAAAAAGGACGAUAGUAUCCCUGGUGCCAUAGGAUUUAUAAGAUACACCCAUGAACUUAGGAAUGCCAGUGAACAAACAUUUACUCUCCAGACCAAUUUAAGGAAUAGGCAAACUAUAAAAGGAGAUCCUGUACCUAAUGUCAAGGAGGUAGCAGUAUACUUUUGGAAGGAUCAUCUUGGUAAACCUAUUCUUAUUGGAAUUAAGAAAAAAGGUACUAGUCCUCCAGAUUACUAUUCCAAUUCUUAUAUAAGUGCAGGAAAAAGUUAUUGGUCGAACGCUGGUAAUGAAAAUAAAGAACUUGCCCAAUUACUAGACGAGAAUAAUUGUAAAAGGAAUGGUGCGGUGCCUUUUGAUAUACAGAAUCCUACAAAAGAUCACGCUCCAGGUUGCAAUUCUACUUGUCUAAAGACUAGAAAUAUAGGAGGUCCUAGCCCAAGACCUGCUCCUCCAGGAGGAGAAUACACUAUUCAAGAAUACAUUGUUAAUCAUAACUCUAAUGAUUAUCUUGAUAAUGGUACCAAGAUCUCAAGAGUAACAUUUGGAGGACAAAGUACCAACGGUAUUGAUCUUCCAAGGAGUUAUGCAGUAUCUAGGGUUAGAAUGUUCUCACAUGCGGAUUCUCAAAGUAACAAUAUCCCACUAAUGCUCCAGUUUGUACAAAAAGGUGGAACUGUUUCUAGGUGGUUUUACAACAAAGACAAAGAUGGAACUGAUUGGAAAGAAGUUGAUGAUGUUUAUGGAUUCUAUAGCGAUUCGAUAGGAGUUUAUCCUACUGAGGAUCUUACAACUAAACUCGACAAUGUUAGAUGCCUUCGUGACAGUCUUGUCACCAUGAACCUUGGCAAGGGUGUAUCAGGGUCAUACUGUUGCAUUUACCAUAAGAAAAAAGGUGAUCAAGGAAAGGUCACAGUUAGCGAGGAGAUAGUUCCAGCGGGUUCCAUUCAAUACUCUAAACAUUCCAUUUCCAGUGGUGAUACUAAGCUGGCAAAGAUAAAGUUUUCUUCGCAAUGGAAUCAAGGUACUGAAAUAAAGAUAACCCUAAGUAAACAGAAUCUUCCAAUCAUGGGUCCUGUUGCUAUCUAUGCCUUCUACUGUGAAAGGAAUGGUCCAGUACUUAUCUAUGUUGAUAGAGGCUCAGCUCAAGGAUGGUAUCGGAAGCCUAAUAGCAAUAGUAGCGGUAAAGAUGAACAAUGGGAAAAAGCUGAUGAACUCGAUGGUGUAACACCCGAAACAAUUAAUAAUUGUACCCACUGGAAUAAAGUUGUUAGUAAACUAAGAGACAGUAAUAGUGGCUUGAAAGACUGUCCUAAAGAGACUGCUAAACGACUACAAGAACAAGGACAACAAUCAGAACGAGAAACACGUACUGGAGGUGAAGAAUCUGAAGGACAAGGAUAUAAAGCUGAUGCUGGUGGCAAAGAAGCUAGAGCUCAAGAACAAGGUACUUCUCCUAAAAAGCCCGAUCCUAAUGAUAAAGCUAAAGGCCCCGGUGAUACCGCUCCUGGACUUUCUGGAUCUGCUGUUGAUGAAGCUAGUGGUAAUGCUGAUGGAGAUUCUCAUUCUGAAGGUACUCAAUCUCCUGCUGCUAAAGAAUCUGCUUCUGAACCUCAAGCUCGUUCUGGUGCUGAAGCUGGAACUGCUCUUCCUCAUGGCCAAGGAAAUUCUCCUGGUCAAAACCCUUCUUUUUGGGAUAAGCCUGAAAAAUCUAUUCCUACUGUCUUGACCGGUGUUGGCGUUGUAUCUGGAUUAGUUGGUCUCGAGGGAUUCAAAUACUAUAAGAGUCAUAAUGGAGACCCAUGGGUUAGACAGAUUUGA